AUGGCCGCGCGGCACACGAGGAACAUCGUCGACAGGCCGAUUUGGAAGUCGAAGGGAGAGGCAUCCACAGUCAGCUUCAGUGCAUUCGCAUUCCUCUUCAGUGAGCUGAUACAAUAUAGUCAAACAAAAGUCAAGAGCACAGCAGAGCUCGAGAACAGGUUGGAGGUUGCUGGUGGCGAGAUCGGCCGCCGACUGCUGGAGCUGCUGACGUAUCGAGAGAAGGCUCCAAAACGCAAGACUAGGCUUCUGGACCUGCUGAAAUUUGUGCACACAACAGUGUGGCCAUACAUGUUUGGAAAAACAGCAGACUCGUUGGAGCAGGCAAACGCGGCGGAUGACGAAUACAUGAUCAGCGAUGUCAAUCUGGCAUUGACGAAGUACAUAUCUGUGCCAAGAGACAUGGGCUCAUUCAACCCAGGGGCUCUGGCAGCGGGCAUUGUGAAGGGGAUUCUAGAUGCAGCUGGGUUUCCUGCGAGGGUGUCCACGCAUUAUGUUGACGUCCCCGGUUUGUCCAAGCCUCAGACGACGAUCCUUAUGAAGUUUGAACCGUCCGUGAUGCAAAGAGAGGCGAGGCUUGAACCAAGGGCGACGUGA